AUGACCUCAUGACCUCAACAUAUCCAUCUUGAGUCAAAUCACCUUGCUUCUUCUAUGUCUUUCUCAUUCUCCCCCAUCUCAGAGGUGACAGGGUAGGGAUGGACCAUGCUUGAGAUAUUACUUCUAAUCAAUUCCUUAAGCUACAGAUUUGCCACCUCCAAGACAUGUUUUGCAAAAAUCAUAGCAUGUGCAGUCACUAUAAGACUCCCUGAACUGGGCCAGAUAUUUAUUUAAAUACUUUGAAUUUUUGUUGGUCUAUAGAUCUAUCAUUGUUAUACACUAGUUUUCAAGUAUUUCCCAUUUUCUUAUCUACCCAUUUCUUUAUCAUGAGCUAAUUAACAGGAGGUGGAAAAAAAUAAAGUUUAGAAAAAGAUUUGAAAAAAUCAUUGUGCCGCGUAAGGAUAAGAAGGUCAUGGGGUAGUUUAGAAAAUAAUGGAAGGAAGGAGCUAAGCAAUUCUCCAAAUUUACUGACAGUGAAAACAUGAGUAGGCUCCAAUGAGGUAUGCUAUGAGGGAUUUCGUGAGAAAUGAUCGUUUUGCUAGGAGGCCAAGGUUAGUAGAAGGUUAAUUUUAAUCUUGAGGUUGAGGGUGUCUGAGUUGCAACUUUUCACUGGGAGUAGCUCAUUUAGCCUCUUGAAACCAAGCCAGCGGAUAAAACCCAUCUCGUGUCUGUGGGGAUCCUCCCUGUUGUGCCAGACCACCAGAAGAGAUAGUGCUGGCAGCGAGGAAGGCAGCUGCUAUCAGCCGGGCCAUGCAAGGCGCGGAGGGCCAUGGCCUCAGGGGCGCCUGGAGAGCGGCUGUGCGAGGAGGCCAGGUGCCCUGUGUGCCUGGAUUUCCUGCAGAAUCCAGUCAGUGUGGACUGCGGCCACAGCUUUUGCCUCAAGUGCAUCUCUGAGUUCUGCGAGAAAUCGGACAGCGCACAGAGUGGCCUCUAUGCCUGUCCACAGUGCAGAGGUCCGUUCAGACAGGAGAACUUCCGUCCCAACCGGCAGCUGGCCAGCCUGGUGGAGAGCGUGAGGCAGCUGGGUCUGGGAGCGGGACCCUCGAGUUCGCGCCUGUGUGUAAAGCACCAUGAGGAGCUGACCCGCUUCUGCAAGGAGGACCAGGAGGCGCUGUGCUGGGUCUGUGACACAACCCCAGAGCAUAGGAGCCACCACACAGAGCCACUGCAGGAGGCCGCCAGGUGCUACCAGGUAAAGCUUCAGAUGGCCCAGGAGCUUGUGAGGAACGAGAUGGAGGAAGCUUCGACUCAAGAGGCUAAUAUAGGGAAGAAAACUGUCAUUUGGAAGGAGAAAGUGGAAAUACAGAGGCAACGCUUCAGGUUGGAGUUUGAAAAGUAUCGUGGCUUCCUGGCCCUGGAGGAGCAACUGCAGCUUAGAAGACUGGAGGAGGAGGAGCGAGCCACCCUGCAGAGACUGAGAGAGAGCAAGAACCAGCUGGUUCAGCACAGCAGGGCCCUGAAGGAGCUGGCAGAAGAGCUGGAGGAGAGAUGCCAGCGCCCACCCCUGGGUCUGCUAGAGGGUGUGGGAGGAGCCUUGAACCGAAGUAAGAGUGUCACACGACUGGAGCCAGAGAUCAUUCCCAUGGAGUUGAAGACAAUGUGUCGCAUCCCUGGGAUGAGGGAAAUGUUGAGAAAGUUCCAAGUUGACAUAAAACUGGAUCCUGCCACGGCACAUCCUAGCCUCCUCUUGACUGCUGACCUACGCAGUGUGCAGGAUGGAGAACUGUGGAAGGAUGUCCCCAACAACCCUGAGCGAUUUGACACAUGGCCCUGUGUCCUUGGUUUGCAGAACUUCUCAUCAGGGAGGCAUUACUGGGAAGUUGUGGUAGGAGAAAGAGCAGAGUGGGGAUUAGGUGUCUGUCAAGACACAGUGUCAAGAAAGGGAGAAACCACACCAUCUCCUGAGAAUGGGGUUUGGGCCUUGUGGCUACUGAAAGGGGGUGAGUACAUGGUCCUUGCCUCCCCAUCAGUGCCUCUUCUCCACCUGGAACGGCCACACUGCAUUGGGAUUUUCUUGGACUAUGAAGCAGGUGAAAUUUCCUUUUACAACGUCACAAAUGGGUCUUAUAUCUACACAUUCAACCAACUGUUCUCUGGUUUUCUCCGACCUUAUUUUUUCAUUUGUGACACAACUCCUCUUAUCUUGCCACCUUUGACCAAAGUGGAGUUAGAAAAUUGGGCAUAUAGGGGUCAUUUGGAUGAUCCUUCCUAAAAUUCUGUUCCUGGGAUACUCCCUAAGCCUAGCAAAGUUUCCUAGAGUAGAAUGGAGCAUAUGAAUGUGUGAAGGCUCAACAGAUGUCCCCAUAGGUCAGCAGUUUACUCCUUGUCACUAUGGAAAUUUUCCCAUAGGGGAAAAAGAGAAAAAUAUAAAGCAUUUGCAUUUGGAUGAGGAUUGUAUGGUAUAAUAAUUUUAGAAAUGGACCAGUCUCAUCACUUUUCCACAAAUGACUCCAUUAUGUUUCUUAUUUUUUACAUUAUUUAAAGUAUUAUUGAUUUACAACAUUGUUCCAAUUUCUGCUGUACAGCAAAGUGACCUAGUAAUAUAUAUAUAUUACUAUAUAAAAUGUAGUGCGUGUGUGCGUGUGUGUAUUAUUUUUCUCAUAUUAUCUUCCAUUAUGUUCUCCCAAGAGAUUGGAUGUAAUUCCCUGAGCUAUUCAGUAGGACCAUGUUGUUUAUCCAUUCUAAAUGUAAUAGUUUGCAUAUAGUAACCUCAAACUCCCCAUUCAUUCCACUUUCUCCCCCUCCCCCUUGGCAACCACAAUUCUGUUCUCUACUUUCUUGAUAAAGUUUUCUUUAAAUGAAUGGAAGUCGUAUUCAACAAGAUAUUUAUCAAUUUAAUGUCUCAUUCCUCUUAACAUCCCUUCAGUGUCUUCCAUAUAUUAAAAAUUAUAAAUGACAGUUCAUAAAUUAUUCAAAAUAGUCCAAUAUUGUCCUAGCAUCAGAUCCAUCAUUCUCUUUCUCCUUCACCUUAUUUUCCUUCUUUUCUUCUUAUUCUCUCUUCUUUCUCUCUCUCAGUCUUUCUGCCUCUACAUCUUUCUCUCUCUCACUUUUUUUUCUUUUUAUUGCUUCAUUUAUUAUUUUGCUUUAUACCUCUUAUGGUUCAACCUUCCAUUUCCUUCUAGGUUAAUAUAUCACAGAACCAUCCCUUUAUAUUCAUGAUUCCUAUGACUAAUCAAUCACUCUUUAAAUCGUCUUUACUCAGGGGUGAGUUUUUGAGAAUGAUGAAAUCCAUUCCUCUGAUUGUAACAUUGCUGAAUCUUGUGCUAUACCCCUUGCAACUUCUUCAUUAUCUUUGGAUACAGUUUUUAUUAAUUUAAACUUGACUUACAAUAUUGUGUUAGUUUCAGAUGUACAGCAUGGAUAUAUUUUUUAGAAUAGAAAUUCCUCAGAAUUCUGACUCAAUUAGUUAUUUGCCCUAGCUAUAUACUAGUUUUAAGUCUUCAAAUAACCCCUCUGCCUCUCAGUCUCAGCUAUUUAGUGUGAUUCCUGUACCUGGAACAAUGGAACAAUGAUAUUGACCUCACAAUGUUUUGGGAAUUAAUUAAGGUUGUGGUUUAUGUGAUGGGUUUAAAUUCAACUUUAUUAUUUAAAUAUAAUAUAAAAAUGACCAUAAAAAUGAAAUAAUGAUAAUAUUUGACUAAUUUUUAAGGUUUAUCCUAUACAUGUUCAACAAGAUUAUUAAAAAUUAUUGAAAGAUAAUUUCACUACUAUCUUUCUCUAUAUCUAUGUCUGAUAAGCAAUUUCUAACCACAUACUAAAAUGCUUAAGUAGGAGUUCUCAUUGUGGUUCAGAGGGUUAAGAACCCAAUGUUGUCUCUGUGAGGAUGUGGGUUUGGUCCCUGGCUUUGCUACAUGGGUUAAGAAUUUGUCAUUGCCAUGAGCUGCGGUGCAGGCCAUAGAUGUGGCUCGGAUCCAGUGUUGCUAUGGCUGUGGCGUAUGUUCAGCUGCAGCUCUGAUUUGACCCCUAGCCUGGGAACUUCCACAUGCCACAUGUGUGGCCCUAAAUAAAUUAAUUAAUUAAUUAAGAAAAUAAUAUGCUUAAGUGCUAAGUGUUUAAAUGCUAAAUAAUCAUGAAGGAAUAUAAAGUUGAUAUAACAUCAUUCUGAUAAUUAUCUGCCAAGUCUUUAAUCCUCCACUUUAACUCUACCUUGAAUUUUCAGGAGUUUUCUCUUCCAGAGAUUUCUUUGAAUAAAAUCUUUUACAUUCUUUGCAAUAAUAUUACUUAGUUUUCUUUCUAUAUUUCUGACAUAUUUCUUUUCAGACUUAUUGAAUUUGGAGGAGCAUUAUGGAGUAUAAUAAUUUUAGAAAUGGAGAAACUUCAUCAAUGUCUCCACCUAUUUUUCGAUGAUGCCUUGUAUUAAACAAAGCUUUUUGUACCUUCAUGUUUGAUACAUUUAUGUUUAAUCAUGAGCAAACCAUUCUCCUCUCUGUCUCUUUUAGAAACAGAGAAAAUAAUAAUGUCCCCUUACUUCCUUUUUGUUAAUACUUUAUACACCAUGCAUGCACUAAGCCUUUUCCAUUCAUGAUCUAAAUAGGAAACAGGCUCAAACCCUGGGUCUCCAUACAUGCUUCCCCAUCAGCAAAGCUUAAAUGGGGCCUGGAAACUUAGUGUAACACCUGAGUAUUCAUGUUGCUAUAGCAUUUCAUGACAGGAGUCAUGAUGGAGAACAUAUACUCAGAGCAGUAGGGCUCCUUUCCCAUAAGGAUCAAGAAGGACAGGGUCACUGGUCUAAGAUCAUGUCACACCUGGAGGUUCCACCUAUUCAACAGGACAAGGAAGCCUCAUGGGCUCAGGCCUUUCACUCUCUUCAAAGGAUAAAAAGGAAAUCCCAAGAAUAUCACCUCCCCACCAAGAAAGCUAACAUCCUAGUCUCCACUGUCUUCCUUUAACACUGUUAUCUCAUUGUACAACAGACUCCCAGACUCAGGAAUAUCUGAUCACUUGUUCCUUCUCUGACUCUGACAUCCUUUCCCUUACUUCACUUUUUAUUCUUCUCCAUUUAUCCUGGCUUCCUGACUGGGUUUACAUUAGGCACUUCUUGCCCUCGGGCCUUUCUGCCAGCUGUGCCCACUACCUGCAAUUUCCUUUGCCCAGAUUUCUUUUUAAUUCAUUCCCUUUCUUUUUUAAGCAUGCUCAAAUCCAUCUUCUCAGUGAGAACCACACAAUCUGACCCAUGCCAAAGCCCUCUCACCCUCCCAUUCCCCUUCACUGGGUCUAAUGGAGGCACUUUCCUUCAAUAUAGUGCUUAUCAAUUUCUAAUGUAUUAUAUUGUUAUUCUAUUUAUGGGGUUUACUUUUUCCAAUUUUGGUUUUUGUUUGUUUUUUGCUUUUGCCUUUUCUGGAUAGAAUGUAAGCACCCUGAGGGGAGGGACCUUUGUGUAUUGAUAAUGAUAUGUUUGCCAUAUUUCAAACACCCCAAGUACUGCUUUGUGUGUGGCUAUCAUUCAGUGCCUAUUUGUUGUAUAAAUAAAUGGUUAACUUUUGGCAGGGGGAGUUAA